CAUAUGAAUAUGUUAGGACAAGAAAAAGAAAAGAAAAACCAAGAUUUGAAGAAGCAUUGAAAGGAAAAAGAAAAAACAGAGAGAAAAAAGUGGAACAUUGUUCAAGAUACAACCACACCUCAAAUAUAGAACAAAGCCUUUUGUUUUAACCCCGAAACUAAAGCUUCCAUUUUUCGAUUACCUUACCCUAUAAUCACACCAUUUCUCAUCAAUCAACAAAAAGGGCUUUCAAAAAUCACUCACUCUGAAAAAAAGCUGAAUUUUUUAUAGAUCAUGUCGUGUUCUUCUUCAUCUGGGUCCGAAGAUGAUAAUGAGGGCUUCGAUUCUUACCGGAAAGGUGGUUACCAUGCUGUCAGGGUCGGCGAUCAGUUCGCCGGUGGCCGGUAUGUAGCUCAGAGGAAAUUGGGGUGGGGUCAGUUUUCAACCGUUUGGCUUGCUUAUGAUACUACAACCUCUGGAUAUGUUGCUCUCAAGAUUCAAAAAAGUGCGGCGCAGUUUGUUCAAGCUGCUCUUCAUGAGAUAAGCGUUCUUUCAUCCCUUGCUGACGGUACUCCUUCAAAUUCAAGAUUUGUUGUUCAAUUGAUUGACCAGUUUAAGCACACGGGCCCAAACGGGCAGCACCAGUGCAUGGUACUCGAGUUUCUUGGUGACAGCUUGCUUCGUCUAGUCAAAUACAAUCGUUACAAAGGUCUUCCACUGAAUAAAGUUAGGGAGAUUUGUCAAUGCAUUUUGAUUGGUUUGGAUUACUUGCAUAGAGAACACGGUAUUAUCCAUACAGACCUGAAACUGGAAAAUGUUCUUCUUGUUUCUACCAUUGAUCCUGCCAAAGACCCUGUUAGAUCAGGAGUCUCGCCGAUUUUAGAGAGGCCAGAGGGAAACAUAAACGGCGCGGUUACUAGUCUUAUUGAGAAAAAGUUGAAAAGGAGAGCGAGGAGGGCAGUAGCUAAAAUAUCUGGACAAAGAAGUUCAAUGGGAGGAAUGGGGGAAACUCCGAAAUCUGAGAGAAGAAAUAUUCAUGGGAUUGAUGUUAGAUGCAAAGUGGUAGAUUUUGGAAAUGCUUGUUGGGCUGAUAAGCCAUUUGCGGAAGAAAUUCAGACAAGACAGUACAGAGCUCCUGAAGUUAUACUGCAAGCUGGCUAUUCAUUCUCCGUCGACAUGUGGUCUUUUGCUUGCAUUGCUUUUGAACUCGCCACUGGUGAUAUGUUGUUUACUCCCAAGGUCGGACAAGGUUUUAGCGAAGAUGAGGAUCACCUUGCUCUGAUGAUGGAACUCCUUGGAAAGAUGCCCCGAAAGGUUGCGACUGCAGGAGCAAAAUCUAAGGAUUUCUUCGACAGACACGGUGAUCUGAAAAGGAUUCGAAGGCUAAAAUUUUGGCCACUAAACAAACUAUUGAUCGAAAGAUACACGUUUUCAGAGAGUGACGCUCAUGAGUUUUCGGAGUUUCUUUUACCUCUUCUUGAUUUUGUGCCCGAGAAGCGACCAACUGCGCAGCAGUGCCUACAACACCCGUGGCUUGCCGGAAAGGACUCCGUUCCUAGUGAAAUGAGAAAUGAAACCAGUGUUGAAAAAGUGGAUGUUGGAAUAAGCAACCUUAAAAUCAGGGUGGGGAAGUGAAGUGAAGGGGAGAUAGGUAUUUGAGAAUCACCCUUCUUCAAUAUUAUUGAUUUUUUUAUUGUGAUUUUAUUUUUUGGUUUGGUGAAGUUCAAUAAGGUUUAUUUUUUUAUUGGAUUAAUUACUAUGAGAUGUAAAUUAGUAAAGAAUUUUGUUCAUCCAUAGACAUAUGCCAGAGUUUUGUGUGUAUAUUAUUACAUUCAUCCAAGUCAAGUGUUUUUGUUUUCCUCACAA